AUGAGAAGGCGAGCUGGCCUGGGGGGCAACAUGAGGUCAGUCGUGGGCUUCUUGUCCCAGAGGGGCUUGCAGGGAGACCCUCUGCUCACCCAGGAUUUUCAGAGGAGACGCCUGCGGGGCUGUAGGAAUCUCUACAAGAAGGACCUCCUGGGCCACUUCGGCUGUGUCAAUGCCAUUGAAUUCUCCAACAAUGGAGGCCAGUGGCUGGUCUCAGGUGGAGAUGAUCGGAGAGUUCUACUUUGGCAUAUGGAACGUGCAAUCACCUCCAGAGUCAAGCCAAUUCAACUGAAAGGGGAACAUCAUUCUAACAUCUUCUGUCUAGCCUUCAAUAGUGGCAACACCAGGGUAUUUUCUGGAGGUAAUGAUGAACAAGUUCUGCUCCAUGAUAUUGAAAGUGGUGAAACUUUGGAUGUGUUUGCCCAUGAAGAUGCAGUCUAUGGCCUGUCAGUGAGUCCAGUGAAUGAUAACGUUUUUGCAAGCUCUUCAGAUGAUGGAAGAGUCCUCAUUUGGGAUAUCCGAGAGUCUUCCAAUGGAGAUCCCUUCUGUUUGGCAAAUUAUCCAUCAGCCUUUCAUAGUGUGAUGUUCAAUCCAAUAGAGCCAAGAUUACUAGCCACUGCCAACUCUAAAGAAGGUGUAGGACUCUGGGAUAUUCGUAAACCUCAAAGUUCCCUGCUUCGGUAUGGUGGGAAUCUGUCACUUCAGAGUGCCAUGAGUGUGCGGUUCAACAGCAAUGGAACACAGCUGCUUGCCCUCAGACGUCGGUUGCCUCCAGUCUUGUAUGAUAUCCACUCCCGCCUGCCGGUCUUCCAGUUUGACAACCAGGGUUACUUUAAUUCGUGCACCAUGAAAAGCUGCUGUUUUGCAGGGGAUCGUGACCAGUACAUCUUGUCUGGCUCUGAUGACUUCAAUUUAUACAUGUGGAGAAUUCCUCCAGAUCCAGAAGCAGGUGGGAUCGGCAGGGUGGUUAAUGGUGCCUUUAUGGUGUUGAAAGGUCAUCGGUCGAUUGUAAAUCAGGUCCGAUUUAAUCCCCAUACCUACAUGAUCUGCUCUUCUGGUGUCGAAAAGAUUAUAAAGAUCUGGAGUCCCUACAGGCAGCCUGGAUGCACAGGAGAUCUGGAUGGUAAAAUUGAGGAUGAUUCUCGUUGCCUGUACACUCAUGAAGAAUAUAUUAGUCUUGUACUGAACAGUGGCAGUGGCUUGUCCCAUGAUUAUGCUAAUCAGUCAGUCCAAGAGGAUCCGCGAAUGAUGGCGUUUUUUGACUCCUUGGUCCGUCGGGAGAUUGAGGGCUGGAGUUCUGACUCAGACAGUGACCUCAGUGAAAGCACUAUCCUACAGCUCCAUGCUGGAGUAAGCGAACGCUCCGGUUAUAGUGAAUCAGAGUCUUCUACUUCCCUGCGCCACUCCCCACCUCCCAUGGCAGAAGAAUCUGAUGAAGCCACUUAUAACCUGGGAACCUUGAGAUCUACAGAAUCUCCUCCAGCCAGAGAGGAUGUAGCUACUCGUCGGCAACGUUUGUCUGCGCUUAGGCGGUACCAAGAUAAACGUCUCCUGGCCCUUUCGAAUGAGUCUGAUUCUGAUGAAAAUACAUGUGAAACAGAGCUGGAUGCUGAUCUUUUCCCACGGCCAAGGUCCCCGAGCCCUGAAGAGAAUGACUCUAGCAGCUCCAGCAGCAGCAGUAGCAGCUCGGAAGAUGAUGAGGAACUAAAUAAGCGCCGUGCCUCAACCCGGCAGCGCAAUGCAAUGAGACGCAGAUCACAACUGCAAAAGGAAGAAAGGACUAGUGCAAAUUCAGAAAACACAAGCACCUACAUAGGUGAGGACAUCUAUGAUUACCCCCAGAUCAAAGUGGAUGAUCUCUCCCCUUCUCCAACUUCAUCACCAGAAAGAGGUGCUCCUAGUACAGAAGUCCAUAAGGAAAAGGUCUCUCCUUGCUCAGAAAGUGAAUCAGUAGAUAGGAAGAUCUACAGAGCUUUCAGGUGGCUUCAUUAUUCUUACAUGUCUUAUACAGCUAGUAAAGAUGGCGAAUCCUCACGAGUUGGAGAAAUUGAGGGGAGACCAGGAACUAGCAGAAAAAUUCAAGGUGGCCAGGAUUCUUCUACUGAAAGCUGCAAUAAAGAAACCUUCAAGGAACACAGCUCAGGUGAAUAUUCUAGAAAUGGCCCAGAGCAUGAAUGUGAUAAUCAGCAACAGCUGGAAGAGCAAGAAAGCCUCUCCCAUGAUACUGGGAACAGUGGGUCCGUGGAUCAUUCUUUUGAGUCAAAGAAGCUGAACGGGAAAGCCGUUGGCAAAGAAAGUUGCACUGAAGAGCCAUGCAAUCAAGUGGCAGGAUUUGUCGAACAUAAAAACAGUCAAAACUGCCAACCAGCUUCCAGCCCCAACCUUUUGGCUGUUUCUAAGGCUUCAUUUUCUAAUGCUGCCAACUGUAGUGGGUCUGGAAGUUACUCUAGAAUCCUAAUAGAUGACAAUGAAGAUAGGAACACUGAUAAUCCAUGUGCAAACUACAAUAAUGGCCACUUACACCCUCGCUCUUCCUACCUGAAUAAUGGACAAAGUUUAGGAGAGCAGGAGGCUGCGUCCCAAGGAAGACAAUUACAUGUAAAUGCAGAGAAUGGCAGCCUGGUGCAGACAUGCCCAUCCUUACACAAGGAAUGUUACCUGUCUGCUGCAGACUCUAUCAUUCACGGCGUUAGCAUGAAAGAGGAUGUUGCAGAGUUGCAUCCCGCAGACAGUGAUGGCCUGCAAAUGCAUGGACGACAGAAAAGGCACAGAGCAGAGUUUGAAGACACAGAUUCCGAGAACUCUUCCUCAGAAAAGAAGCUAAAAACAUGAUAAAAGCAACCAUAUGUUUCAAACACACUUUUUAAAAAAAGUAUUAAAGGCAAAUGCAGCCUGGGUCUGAAAUGUUGCGUUUCCGAUUCUCCAUUCCAUUCUCCAGUGGGUCUAUUUUAAAAUGCCAGGGGCUAUGUUGUAUAAAAAUCCAAUCAACUCCUUUAAAAUGAGAUUGAGUGUAGUGUAUCCUUACAAGGUUCUGUUCCAGUAAAUCCUUAUUCAGACAGUUGACUUAUUCUUGUGUGAAGUGUGUGGUGUUUGUUCAGCCAGCUACCCAACAUGGCUAUUGUAAAAUUUUAAUUAUUCUUCUGAAGAGGAUUCUUUGCGUGUUGAUACUGUGAGUUUAUAGUCUCAUUGAUAGGCAAAAUAUGUCCUAUGACAGAAACAUUUGGAGUAUGUUUUCUGUGACAGAAAACACAGAUUGGAUGCAGACUUUUGAUCCUUUUCUCUGCACCUCAAGCCUUUUAAAACAAAAUGGUUUGUCAUGGUUUGAGAAUAUCUUCCUGGCAUACGUAUGUGGAGAUGAAUCAUACAUUAAUCAGUACUUUAUUAAAGGUAACCUGAAUGCUAAUACAGUCAAUGGGGCGGUUUAGGUUCCAGAGCAAACCAUUAAGGAAAUGGUCAUAAUGUCCUGGGGUCUUCCUCUUAAAACUAAGCCUCUUACCAAAAGAUAGCAGUAGUUGUUGCUGGUUUGGGAGGUAGACUCUACUCCAGUUGAAAGUCUGAGACGUGUGCUUCUGGGGUAGUGUUGAACUCCCCUCUGGCUGGUCUGUUCUCUACCAAGCAAAACUACAAAAUAACCUGUAGCAAAGCUACAUAUGUACCUUCUGUCUGCAUGAUAAAGUUGACCGUCAAAAAAGAAGAUGGGUCGUAUAGGUCAGAGCAAGAAAGAGACGCAUAAUGAUAUACCUAACAAACUAACUGUGAGCGUGAAUUGAAUCUUGAAAUUUGAUUCUUUUUUUCUGUUUAGUCCUCCCCUUCUCUUUUUUGCUUUUUUAAAAAAAGAAUUGAUCUUAUUUCGAACAGUAGGCCUGGCUUUAGAAAACCUGGUUUUACAGUCCUGCACUCCAGUAUAAAAGUGCAGAUUGAUGUAUGGUUUCCAAUUAAACAAAUAUUUUUGUGUGU